CAGGCCAUUAGCGUAGCGUUGUCCGUUUCGCGAGUUGCGAGCUAAAAACUACAAGUUCCUUCAUACGUACAACUCACGGAGAGCGCGCUGAACUCAUUACUACUGACCGCUAACCAACGAGCGAUCAUAACCAGUUGGAUCUUCGUCGCGAUCGGUCGCGUGUGUUUCUUUCCGUGCCCUCUGUCUCGGUUGCUCUGCUAUCUGUGUACUAUCCGCGGUGGCCUUGCGUCAGCUAGCCACAGUGUCAAAAGCAAGUGCGAAACAAAACUUUCACUUCCAAAAUUGCCCGGUCGUUACGUGGAUAUUUUUCGGAAGAUAUCUCCUGCUGACGUCUACGGUUAUCGCAGUGCGCUGACUCUUCUGCAGUCUUUUGAUAGUGUAUUGCAAAAGGCAAUGAUCUUGCCUUGAUCAGUUCUCUGAUCUAGUGUUAAAGAGAAGAUUCAUAGCGGAUCCAAAGUGGCCUCGAUUGAUUUGACCUGCUGUAAAUCCGUGCUAAUCUUUGCCCUAUAGAGUGAUAAGAGAAAGUGUUCGGUUUUUGCAUUCAGUGGAGAUAGAUAGAAAUUAAAAUGAUUCACAAUUAAUCGAUUUUAGUUGCGUCUGGUGUCUGCAUCAAUUACAAGGGGCAAGGCAAUCGAGAAAAAAGAAAAUAAGUUUGUUCCAAAUAAAGCAUAUAGCUAGUGGAUGGUGAACGUUGGGGGUCUCGGUCAUCAGUAGCCGGAACACGAAGCGCGUGAUAAAAUAUCGAGUAGCUUGUGGCCUACUUAUCGGUGAUUGUGUUUUGGUGGUGCGUUUGGAGCUGCUGUCUGUACUUUAAGCCAGUCCCCAGUCCGGUUCAUUUCGACUGAAGAAGGCUAACUGCAUCUACCGCAAGCAUGGAAUCACUCAAAAACAGAGACACCAACACCAAAACGGAAGUGGCUACGGCGACCGGUGCAGCUGCCACGGCUGCUGCUGCCUCUGCCACGGUCGAAGCUGCACGGAAAAAUAUGGAUUUCAUCAUGAAGAACCUGUUAGCUGGUGGGGUCGCCGGAAUGUGCUCCAAGACAGCCGUUGCCCCACUGGAUCGGAUAAAGAUUCUACUGCAGGCCCAUUCGGUCCACUACAAGCACCUGGGCGUGUUUAGCGGUCUGAAGCACAUCGUCAAGAAGGAAUCUUUUUUCGCACUGUACAAAGGAAACGGUGCCCAGAUGGUGCGGAUAUUCCCGUAUGCGGCGACACAGUUUACGGCAUUCGAGAUCUACAAGAAGUAUUUAGGUAAAAUACUAGGACCCAGUUUACCGAUUAAACAUUCGGAUAAGUUCGUUGCCGGUGCCGGAGCUGGUGUAACUGCCGUCACACUCACCUACCCGCUGGACACGAUCCGUGCCCGGUUAGCAUUCCAAGUGACGGGCGAGCAUCGGUACAAUGGGAUCGUUCAUACGGCGGUUUCCAUUUUUAGGACUGAAGGUGGCACCCGGGCGCUGUACCGAGGCUUCGUGCCCACACUGAUGGGUAUGGUACCGUACGCCGGUUUUUCGUUCUACUGCUUCGAAAUGCUCAAGUUUGUGUGUAUGAAGUACGCCCCGGCGGUGACGUGUGCUCCAUGCGAAAGAAAUACAGGUGGCCUUGUGCUAUCGGUUCCGGCCAAACUGCUUUGCGGUGGAUUUGCCGGUGCUGUUGCGCAAUCCUUCUCCUAUCCUCUGGACGUCACCAGGCGGCGGAUGCAGCUUGCCAUGAUGAACCCGGAAACGGCUAAGUUUGGCAUGGGAAUGUUCCGCACCUUGGCUAUCAUCUACAAGGAGAACGGUGUCAUGAAAGGACUCUACCGGGGCAUGUCGAUCAACUAUCUGCGCGCGAUUCCGAUGGUGGCUGUUUCCUUCAGUACCUACGAGGUGAUGAAGCAAACGCUCAACCUGGACACCGGAAUGAAGGUUUAGAGCUCGCAUCCAAGUGCGUUGUGCAUUGGUUUGUGGAUUGUGCGUGGGCGUGUGUGUGAGAAUGCUGCUGCGAAAUGAACAUGAGCGAAACGAGUGCAAUUACAGCGGGACCUAAUGUGGACAGAGCUUUCAGGGAGAGCAUUUUAGCGGCAUUAGUUAGGGCAGUUAGGAACGAAAGCUAUCAAGAUUAGCAGCUUUAAUUCAAGACAAAAAUGACAAAGUUUAAUAAACCUUGACCGGGGUCUUCCUGUUACAAGUUAGGCAAAAAGCACGAUUUCUUCUUUUGCAUUUAGAUGCUUGUUAGGAAAACUCACUCCCAUUUCAAAGUUUUAUUCCUUAUCCGAUAGAGUAUUUAUUUUAUCGUUUGUUUAACAUUUGGACUAGUUCAAUUUACGUUAAAAAUAAACAUUCUUCUCAAUCUGUAGUAUUAGUCACAAUGGUGUAGGCGUUUUCUCCUAAAAAGUAGCAAAAAAGGUACUUAAAAUUCGUUUUCAACUUCCCUUGCCUUGAGCAGAACGAAAAACAGUAACUAAUAUAUUUGACCUAAUCGGGAUAGUCUUUGUCGUUUUGCGUGAGCAAAACUAUUUUCAUACUCAUUGUGCUCGAAUCCGAUUGCGACAUCCGAUUGAUGUAGAAAAAAUAGUUAUUUUUAUGGAUCUUUUUGCCGAACCAUGGCGAGCAACUUUAUCUUGUAAAUAAGAAUUUUGCGAUCAGGUGAAAUAAAACAG